GACCCAUGAGCGGUGACCAUGGCGCCGGCCGGCACGCUGCUGGCCGCGUUGGUGCUGGCCGCCGCCCGACCGGCAGCCCUGCACGAGACAGGGACAGAGGCGGCUACUAAGAAGUGUGGUCUGUGUCCCAUCUCGGCCAAGAUAUUAUGCCCGGUGCGAUGUUCUGGGGGUGGUCCAGUUCCCAUCAAAGAGCUGCCCACAGCCAGCCGACCUGGCCAGUGCCCAAACAACGACGCCAUCUCGGUUCUGAAGUGCCCGCUGUUGCCGGACGAUCAUUGCUCGCAGGACUCGGACUGUUCUGAGCCCGGCUACAAAUGCUGCGACUACGGCUGUGGACGAUCCUGUGUUCCUGCUUGCAAACCAAUGUGUAGGUUUGGCGAGAGAUGUGAGAUGCUACGCGGCAAGGCUUGCAAACGGUAUGGCCUGUGUCCCCCACAGCAGUCGACAGCUGUGUGCCGUCCGAUUCCCCUGCUGAAUCCCAGCCUGUGUGAACUGGCUAAUUGUGGCCUCGGUUCGCAGUGCGUGGAACGUGACGGGAAGGCCUUCUGCGUGUGGAUCCGCUUCGUCAAAAACCCGUGCGCCACCUUCAGCUGCUCGUUAGGCAGAAUCUGCGUGGUGCGUGGCGACAUCCCACGCUGCAUCGAGUCCAUGCCUCCAUCUGAUGCUUGCUCUUUGAAGUACUGCGCUGCUGGUACCGAGUGUGUCGUUUCAAACGGGCGUGGCAUCUGUAUAAGCAAGUGUGCGCUGAUUCACUGCAAGGGCAACACCAAGUGCAAGCUACGCAAUGGCCUCCCGGUGUGUGUCAAAGGUGAGCCGCUGAUCGACCCGUGCGCCGACUUCGUUUGCGGAAAAGACGAGCAAUGCUUGGUGCGGAGAGGUCUCGCCGUCUGCGUCAAUCCCUGCUCCAAGGCCAAGUGCUCAUCAGGUCGACGCUGCAUCGUCCGCAAUGGAAUGGCCGAAUGUGUGGUGGAUCCGGUGGUAAAGCCACCGCCCGACCCUUGCGCUAAGGUUAUGUGUGGCGCAGGACAUCGCUGCCACGUCCGGAAGCCCUACGGCGCCGUCUGCGUGCUCAUCAAGGACCCGUGCGCACUCAAGAAGUGCCGCUCGGGGCAUAGGUGCGUGUUGGAUAAGAAACGACCGAAGUGCGUGGGCCUUUGCCAGCUGAUCACUUGUCCCGAGUACACCCGCUGCGAAGUGCAAAACGGCGAGGCAGUGUGUGUGCGCGGCACACCGCCGGCUAUCCGCGACUUGUGCUCGACCGUUAAGUGUCCCGCUUACACAGAAUGCGUGGUGAGCGCCAACCAGGUGUUCUGUCUGGAGUUCCCCAGGCCUGUGGACGUGUGCGCCGGAGUUCACUGUCGACCCGGCACGGUGUGUGUGGAAUACUCCGGCCAGGCGUUCUGUGCGGCUUCCACUCCGGGAGUGGACGUCUGCAGUCUCUUCCAGUGCCAGGCCGGGUUCCAGUGCGUUGUGUACCGGGGAAAGGCCACCUGUAUCCAGGUGGAACCGUGCCAGCUGGUCCGCUGCAGUGCCAAGCUGGUCUGUGUAGUCAUCGGCGGCAGAGGCCACUGCAGGCCGAGUGCGAUUCGCACCUGUCCUCCUUGCCCGCCCCACACCCGAUGUAACCAGAAGAAGGGCGUCUGCGAGCCGCUGCCGAACCCGUGCCGCCAGGUGGACUGCAGCGCCGGCCAGAGGUGCGAGGUGCGUGGCGGGCGCGCCGUGUGCGUCACAUUCGACCCGUGCGCCGUCAUCUCUUGCGGCACUGGCCAGCGCUGUGUGAGCAACGGCGGUCGACCUGCGUGCAUCAGCACCGACCCGUGUUCGCUGGUGCGCUGCUCAACGGGCAUGAAGUGUGUCCACGGCGAGUGCGUGCCGAUCGACCCGUGCGUGCUGGUGCGCUGCCCGUCCGGCACCCGCUGCCACAACGGCAUCUGCGUCACCGUCAACCCCUGCCUCAAAGUGGUCUGCGGCUCCGGCAUGGAGUGUCGCCAGCGCGGCAGCGUGGGUGUCUGCGUGUCGGUGAACCCCUGUGUGAGCGUCAGCUGCUCGAGCCACGAGCGCUGCGAAGUCCGAGGAAGCGUGGGCGUCUGUGUGGUAAUCAACCCGUGUGCAAAGGUCAGCUGUGAUGAGUACCAUCAUUGCGUGCGCAGGGGAGAUCGCGGGGUUUGCGUCAAGCGCGAAUGUCGCACCAAAAACUGCAGAGCCCCCUGCCACACAAAGUACUGCGGAAAACGGAAAUGCUACGGUAAGCACUGCGGUAGCUACAAAUGUAGCGGGAAGUAUUGCUGAAAGUAUAAUGUCACCCUACUCCCAUAGAAUACAUGGCAUCGCUAUGGGAAAGCUAGAUGAUGAUCUACCAAUGUCAACUAAGUGAAUUCACCGGCUAAAAACUAAAUAAAUUACAACUA